AGUUAUGACAGGCCAGGAACGGGGGGAGGGGUCCUCCAGUUCCCUGAGCCGCACCAUGGGGCCUCUGCUUAUCGCACUUCAUGCCCAUGCAUCUUUGUGCUUCUCUCUCCUGCACAUAAAUUCAUGCUCACUAGUCCUUGGCAGGGCCUCUUACAAGACCUGGAACUUCCAAGGCUCCUUAUCUGAGUCAUCCCAGUGCCCAGCACUGGUCCUCCAGCCCUCGAGUACAGCUAGGCUUGUGGCCUUCCAAAGGACUAGCCUGAUGCCCAUCCCUAUGAGAGCUGACCUGGGUACCCUGUGAAAACCCAAAGGAGCUGAGGGUUGUGAAACCAGAGAGAUGUGCAAGUGGGUGACCCAAGUGUGAAACCAGAGUGGUGUGCAAGUGGCUGUCCUCGGUGGCUUGAGCUAGGCCCUGUUUGAAGGAAGAAAGGAAAAAAGGGGGGGAGCCCAGCCCUGACACAGAAGACCUUGGCAAGCCUCACUGUAGAUGGAGGGUCAUCCCUCUAGCAUUGAUGCCAGGUGGACCCCAGAGUACUAGACCAGAGUGCAGUGGGAAAAGCAAAGGCAGCUGGCAGAUGGGGUCAGCUGGAGUCUCCUGGCAGGGAUAUGCCCCGCCCAAGACGGAUGAGGCUCACUGGGAGGGGCUCCCCCAGGAGCCUUCCUAGAGAACUGCCUCCCCAUCCUCAUCCCAGCAGGCCAGACAAAGCCUGCUGGGGACACACGCUGCCUGACUAUUGUGUAAGGGAGAAGGAAGGGGCCAGAAGCUAGGGAGGCAGGGAUGGAGGCUUCUCCCAGGCCUCUGGAGUCCUCCACGUCGCUUGUCUUGGGCACCUGCUGCUCAGCAUCAGCAGUGUUCGCUGUCCAUUGCUGCCAGGAUGGAGAAACCCCCUCCCUUCCGGCUGAAUUAUGAGCCCUUCAGUUAGGAGCCAGCCUCACACCAUCCCCUAUUCCCAGGGCCAGAGGGAGAGAACACUGAGUCAAGGCAGAUGGACGGAGCCCCCAGAAGAGUGCCUGAGUUGGGGUGCUUGGGCCGGGAUCCGUGGGCCUGGGGGAAGCAGCACACAGUAUCUUCUGUGUUUCUGUGGUGUAUGGAGACAGGGCUUAACCAGGUCUCUUUCUUACUCUACGAGGGGAAGGAGGUUGUCUGUCUGCCCUUCGCCCCCACACCCCUUCUUGGACAGCGAUGAAGACUCUGUCUGCUAUGCCUACUCAGAAUUCUAGGACGGGAAAACCUCAAGUGUCUCAUCCUCACGAAGAGGACAUCGACAAGCAGUACGUUGGCUUUGCCACGCUGCCCAACCAGGUGCACCGGAAGUCGGUGAAGAAGGGCUUCGACUUCACCCUCAUGGUGGCUGGUGAGUCCGGCCUGGGGAAGUCUACUCUUGUCCACAGCCUCUUUCUGACUGACCUGUACAAGGACCGGAAGCUGCUGAGUGCUGAGGAACGGAUCAACCAGACAGUCGAGAUCCUGAAACACACCGUUGACAUUGAGGAGAAGGGAGUCAAGUUGAAGCUCACCAUUGUGGACACACCCGGCUUUGGGGACGCGGUGAACAACUCGGAGUGUUGGAAGCCCAUCACUGACUAUGUGGACCAGCAGUUUGAGCAGUAUUUCCGCGAUGAGAGUGGCCUCAACCGAAAGAACAUCCAAGACAACCGGGUGCACUGCUGCCUGUACUUUAUCUCCCCAUUUGGACACGGAUUGAGGCCAGUGGAUGUGGGUUUUAUGAAGGCUUUGCACGAAAAGGUGAACAUUGUUCCACUCAUCGCCAAAGCCGACUGCCUGGUUCCCAGUGAGAUCCGGAAGCUGAAGGAUAGGAUACGGGAGGAGAUUGACAAAUUUGGGAUCCAUGUGUACCAGUUUCCAGAAUGCGACUCAGAUGAAGAUGAAGACUUCAAGCAACAGGACCGGGAACUGAAGGAAAGUGCGCCCUUCGCUGUUAUCGGCAGCAACACUGUGGUGGAGGCGAAGGGGCAGCGGGUCCGGGGACGACUGUACCCCUGGGGGAUCGUCGAAGUGGAGAAUCAGGCGCACUGCGAUUUUGUGAAGCUUCGGAACAUGCUAAUCCGAACUCAUAUGCAUGACCUGAAGGAUGUGACAUGCGAUGUGCACUACGAGAACUACCGUGCCCACUGCAUCCAGCAGAUGACCAGCAAACUCACACAGGACAGCCGGAUGGAGAGCCCCAUCCCUAUCCUCCCACUGCCCACCCCGGACGCAGAGACAGAAAAGCUCAUCAGGAUGAAGGACGAAGAGCUAAGGCGCAUGCAGGAGAUGUUGCAGAAGAUGAAGCAGCAAAUGCAAGACCAGUGACACCCGGCCCCAGCCCCACAUCGCCAAGGAUAGAUGGCCGGUUUCCGGGCUGGCUCCUCCUAUCCCUGGAUCCCAGACUGUCCUGGAUUCUACCCUGGGUUCAUCUGGAUCUCAGACAGCCUGGACCUAGCCCUAACCCAACGUGGCUUUGACCAAACUGUUGAGACCUGGAGCCACGGAGCCACAGCCCCCAGAUGACCCUAAUUUAUUCUCAGCAUCCACCCUUCCCGGUCGUUGGUAUCUGCUUCUGAGUGGUCUGAACCACAGCCCCUCCCCAACAUCCUGCCGCCCCCGCCCCCGUGCGCACCUCCCGCUCCUCUAAAGGGAACAAGUUGUGUAUAAUCUCCAAGAUCUCUCUUCCUAAAAGAUCACUGCCCCAGCGGCCUAUAAACCAGGGUAGAGGAGGGUCGUGGAUGCAGGGUCUCGGGCCUGUUACCCAAGAUAAUAUGGCAGAAUGGAAUUGGGAGGCCCCCUCUGCGGGUUCCAGUGGGCUACAAAGCAUAUGCUAAUGUCCCACUGUGUGCGGAAGUAGGCUCAGUCCUCCCUCACUCUUUAACCACGCUCUGUUCAGGACCAGAGCACACGGGUUUGGAGGCUGAGGCCUUUAGGAAGACCCCAGACCUAGAAGCGUCUAGAAGGAAGGAGGGGGAUGUGUUGCGCUAGACCGCUCACACCCCUUCCUGGGUCGACAUAAAGGACUCCAGGGGCGGUUGGAACGGGGUGUACCCUAUGCUUAGACUACUUUCAUCUACCUAUAGGUCAAGUUCUCCUCCUCCCAGCAGCUCUGUUGUGCUGGGAUUCCAGCCCUUGGCCUCCUCCAUCUCUCCACCGCAUGACCCCUCCCCACACACCCCAUUCUCCGUUUUUGUUUAGUUGUGAAUGCCGCGUCCUGUCCUGGUGACAGGAGAACAAAGUUGGUGAACGU